AUGUUGAAAACACUUCCCUUGCUGCUGGCAGUGUGGCUGCUACAAUUGAUUGUAACUGAAGGUGCUCCUGCCUCCCAACCAGAUUGUGGGCAACCAAGAAUCUCUUCCCGAAUUGUUGGAGGGCAAGAUGCCCCUGAUGGAGAGUGGCCCUGGCAUGUCAGCAUUUGUCUGGAUCACCAUCCUAUUUGUGGCGGCUCCCUCAUUGAUGAACAGUGGGUGCUGACAGCAGCUAGCUGCUUCCACAGAUCCCAUUCCACUGAAAAAUAUGUUGUGGUGCUCGGUGCCAAUCAGCUCUUAAAUCUCUCCCAAAAUGUGGCAACAUCCAAUGUGGUAAAGUUGUUCAUUCCCCCUGACUACCUGGGCAAGGUUGGCUCUCCUGCGGAUAUUGCUUUACUUAAACUGGCAUCACCCGUGCCCUUCACCAGCCACAUCCUUCCUGUCUGCUUGCCAAAGUCCUCUGAACAGUUCUCCGGUGAUGAGAAUUGUUGGAUUGCUGGAUGGGGAAAUACUGAAAAUGGUGUACCCCUGACAGCCCCAUUAACUCUACAGGAAGCAAAGGUGCCUAUCAUAGACCAAAAGACCUGCAACAGCCUCUUCAGUGCUUCCCCAGUUGAAGGCAUGGAGAAGGAUCCUGUCAUGCCUGAUAUGAUCUGUGCUGGUUAUCCUCAAGGCGGGAUAGAUGCCUGUAAGGGUGACGGUGGUGGAGCCUUGGUUUGUAAAGUCGGGAGGAGAUGGACCCAAGCUGGGAUCGUGUCUUGGGGAGUUGGAUGUGCUGAAAGCUCCCGCCCCGGUGUCUAUACUUCAGUGCCCUUCUAUAGUUUUUGGAUCAAAGAUAAGAUCAGAACAGAAUGAAGGGCUGAUGGCAAAAUGUUCCCACGGGGCCACUCCUUUCAGUGCCCAUUGCCCUUGCUGUAAGAAACAUAAUCAACAAUAUCAAACCAUUUUCAGCCUACACACAAAAUAAUCCAAUUGCUAAGCUAAGACUAGAAGCAGAUCAAAUGUCCAUUUCCUGUGUCCCUACAACAUGCCUAGCCAGGUCAUUUUCCAACCUAGCAACUGUACUGGCACAACAUGAGAAGCUGAUACAGUUUUAACCUUGGAUGGCUGGUUGGAUACUUUGUAGCUAAGUGCAAACCCAGCCCAUUUACUGUAGAUGGUUGGAUGCACUGUGCAAACAGUGAAAUUAGGUUAAUUCAGCAACCAGGUUAACCAUGUAAUGUGAAAGCAGUCAUUCAGCAAAUUCCUUAAUUGAGGCUGGCAAUCUUCUGUCCUCUAACUUGGACAU